CUCGUUUGGAGAUUCCAUGGUGGCGCGCGUACAUCCGGUUUAUCUUUGUGCGUCUAUAUGCCGCCGGCUCGGACAAACUCCUCCAUGGCCAGCAAUUAUGACGUCUGUCGUCAUAGGGCUGUCAUAAGUUUCCCUCUUCGGGGAGGCGUCCGAACCCUCCGAUGACCCCAGUGCCCUCUCCAAGGAGCUCGAUCAAUUUUUGGCACCAUCUCGCUCAUACACUGGUGCUGGCGCGGAGGCGUCGCGCCAGACUUGCCUUCACCCUCGAACUAACCUGAAACAACCACUAAAAGUUAUGCAGGGGCACAAACACGAAAAUCCACCACCCGCGGAAACCAGCAACCUAAACUCACAGCACGAGAGCGACGAGUCGGACGCAACGACCGCGGCGGCUGCGGAGGGCGCGUAUCCGGAGAACACGGUUGUGCCCGCCCCGCCAAAGCAGGUAUUCGAGGACGACCGGCCGUUCACGCACGGUGCGCUCGACGCGGACGCGGGGACACGCGAGGCGCGGGGCGUCUACCUCAAGAAUGUGGGGUACACGUUCUUGAUGAUCACGUUUAUCGUCUGGGGCGUGCUUCCUAUUUAUUGGGCGUCGGUGGGUAGGAUUAUGGGGAAUACGUGGAGGAUGAAGGGGUGUGUUGUUGAUUUCGAUGGCGGCGAGAUCGGGCAGACCGUCACGUCGAUGUACAGGAACAUCUCGGGGAUUUCUCAGCUGACUUGGCAUAUUCUUGAUGCUGAGCAGUUUCCUGGCGGGCCGGCUCAGGUGGGCGACGCGGUCGUGGACGAGCAGUUCUGGAUCGGAGUUGUAGUUGCACCGAACGCGACGAGGAAUUUGAACGAUGCCAUCGACGCGGUCGAUUCGUUUUAUAACACCUCUCUCGCGCUGGCGGCGUAUGUGGUCAGCGGGCGAAGUGAGAACGCAUAUCGAAAUAUCUUUGCCCCCAUGCUAUUCGCGGCAAAGUUCGUGCCCGCGCUGGCCUCCCGCCCAAAUCUGCAGCAGUUGAUGGCCGAGGCGCCGAUGCUCGUGAGCCAACCACUAGGCGGAACCACGCGGGACGUCCGUCCGUUCGACUAUGACGUGGUAUCUGCCGUGGACUUCGUGGGCAUGCUCUACUUGCUCAUCUUGGCGAAUAUCGUGAUGACAUCGCUGCUCACGGCACUCGGUGGAUCAGGCUACGCCCGUCGCUUGAAGCUUAGCUCAGUGAUUGCGGUUAGGUUGCUUGUUCCGAUAAGCAUCUACUUUUUCGUAACUCUCCUGUACUGCGUCAUGAGCGAGGCUUUCCAGGUGCCUUUUAGAUUCGGAAAAUGGGGUUUCGUCAUAUAUUGGAUGCAAUCCUGGGCCACGAUGUGUGCCUUGGGUCUCGCUGUCGAAUCGGUCGUGACCCUGGUUACACUGAAAUUUGUUCCGGUUUUCUUCAUCUUGUGGCUUAUUGCCAAUGUCGCUGUCGUAUACUAUCCCAUCCAGACGCUACCCUGGAUAUUGCACUGGGGAUAUGCAUCACCGUUUUACCAAGAGACCGAGACCGUACGCACGGUCAUAUUCAGCACGAAAAGCCACCUCGGCAGGAACUUUGGGAUCAACCUCGGCUGGAUAGGGCUGUCUUGCAUGACGCUGCCUGCGUUUCAGUGGUUCGCGCGUCGGCGAGAGGUGUGCGAGCUCGCGGCGAGCCGUCAGGCCGCGGAAUCAGAGAAGGGGGAUCCUUGAAGCUGAUCCUUGGCUGAUCCAGGCCACUCGGUGCUGCAUUCAUUUCUUGCCGAGUCUGGGCGUCCGAUUGGUCUUCAGUUAAUUAUUUACCUUGCUUGACCUAUUCAGUUGACUGCCAUGGACGUUUUACUUGGCUGAGGCUCCUGUAUACUACACCAAUUGUAGCUUUAGUAAGGGUGAUCUCCUUUUAGCACGGACUGCACGCUCCAAUACCCUCUUGUAUUACUUUGAUACACCAAGAAUACCAACAGGAAAACUCUCAUGUUAGUGUAGCUAGAGAUAAAUUCAAGAGAAUGAAAUUGACUAGUUUUAAC